AUGACGAGUCGCCAAGUCGUCGCCAAUCCUCGCGACAUUCCCUCCGAUGAAGAGGCGGGCCAACAACUGCACAUUCUCUCCUGGGUCCAGCAGCAGCUGGCUCAAUUUGGAGGCAGCGAGGCAGUGGCCAGGCUAAAGGACGCGCGCAUGGAGGCGCGGGAUGAGUUGGUGUUGAGGGUGGUGCAGCUGGCGCUGCGAUGCACCGACAAGCAGAGCGCCACGCGGCCGGCCAUGGGGGUGAUUGCAGCCGAGCUGGAAGCCGUGCUGGUGGCGCUGGGCGGCGCACACAGCAACUCCGGUGCCCGUCAGGUGGACCAGCAGGUGGAGUUGCAAAGGGAGUCAGCCAGAAAUUUGGAAGCAGAGAUUGCGCGCAUGAAUGCGUUGGCUGAAGGCAACUGA